CUAUAUAUUAAGUUUUGAUGUAUAAUUUUUUGUUUAAAAAAUUUGUAUCUUAAAGCUUGCAAAAAUGACAACUAAGUUAGUACAAUCAUCUCUGAGUGAAGAUGAAACUGUGACUUGCAUUAUUAGAAAUCUUGAAGGUCUGAAGGUUGUGUAUGAGAGUGAUGACUAUUUGGUUGUCAACAAAGACUAUGAUCUUCUCAUUAAUUCAGACAAUCCACAUAUCAAGGUGACUCUGCAAACCCAACUAGAAAAUAAGUACCCUGAAUUGGCAAACCCAAACCUUGGGCAUCAAUUCCACUUUUGCCAUCGUCUGGAUUACGCAACUUCAGGUCUUCUGUGCGUAGCAAAACACAAGCACGCAGCAGCUGCCAUGUCAGCGGCCAUGAGUAAUCGACGUGUCACCAAAGUUUAUGUGGCGCUACUGAGAGGAAGCAUCAGUCAGGAGCUCAUUGAUGUUCAUGGCACAAUUGGUGAACCGCCAGACCCAGCACUAGCAGCGCUGCGUGUCUGUGCUGACGAGGGCUUGCGGCAGCGACAAGCGCACACCCGCCUCCUGCUGCUGCAGACUGGACACUACAACGCAGGAGCUGAGGCGAGCAAAGUGCUGCUGCUGGCGGCUACCGGCAGACGACAUCAGCUGCGAGCUCACUGCAGCAGCCUCGGCUACACCAUCGUCGGGGACUACACCUACAGCAACAGGCAGGACACCUCGCCUACCAGGAUGAUGCUGCACGCGUACCACUUCUCGGUGCAUCUUAAUGGUGAAUCCCUAGAUAUUACGACUGAAGAUCCAUUCUCAGAAUCAUCUCUUGCUAGCCAGUGGAAACCAGCUGUUACUUGGAAUGAACUAAACAAAGAAUCCCUUCUUAAAUUAAUAAAAAAGAAAUCGUGACAUCCUGUCUUAUAUAUGUAAUGAAUUCGGCGAUUUAAAUUAGCUAUUGUGCUCUUAAUUUUUAUACUAAUAUGUAUCUGUGAUAUGAUAGUACUUGUUUGAAUUGUAUAGUUUAUAGUUACGUGAUAAGGUUAACCUAGUCGUAUCGGGUGGUGGCAGCACGCUAUAUAACCUAACGUGAAACACUUUCGUCAUACAUCAAAUACGGAAUAUUUUCGACGUUUCAGUCUUUAGUACCAAUCAUUGUACCCCGUAUUAAGACUACAGCACAGAGCUGCAAAGGCUCAGAUCCCUUGACCGGCAGAUCGAUAUGAGAUUGUGCGUUAAUUCAGCCGUCCCAACUCUUGGUCCUGUAAUCACUUCAAUGGUAUUUGCGGCUUACGCGCCUUUUGACACAAGAAUAUUGUUUUUUUACAACACUUCUCUUUAACUUCACUUCUUGUUUGUCUG